AUGGAAGAUAUCAGUGCAUCGGAGUUGCAUGUUAUCGACAAAUCACUACCAGAACCAUUCUACACAGCAAAACGGAUGGCAUUUCCCUGCCGCUUAUGCGAUGUCAUGCCGGUGGCUGGAGGGCUUUAUUUUGAUGCGAAGGCGCGAGAGGAAUUUUCAAGAUUGACGGCUGAUGAGUUAUGCGUUACGUUUUUGCGGCAGUCCGUAAAAGGCGUCUAUGAAGUGACAGUUCAGCAAAAAGAUGGUCGUUCAGUUGCAGAUCUCCUGAUUUCCAGAGGUUUUGCUGUGCCAUUCAAAUGGGGCAUUGGACCUCCACUACCGUCCUAUGAA